CUCUCUCUCUGUUUCUGUUUCUGACUCAUUACAGAACCCAAACACACACACACACACACUUACUUCUGGUCUUCUACAUUGCCUUGUCUUCUUCAAGGCCUUCUCCAAGAUCUUCAUACUUGUUCAUCUUCCAGUUCCCUUUCUCCAUAAAGAUUCAAACUUCACAGCUGCAACUUCAAGAUAGUUGCAGAUGACCAACUGGGCUGCCACAUUUUCUCAAAAUAUGAUCAGAAACAGAGACUUACUUCAAUUCUUUCCUCUAUUUUACUCCUCUGCUUGGCCUCUUCACCCAAUUGCUUUCAUAAUCAAAGCCAUCUUCUUUUUUGUUUCUUCUACCUUAUUUUUAUAUGUUUGAAUAGAUACAUCAACAUAACCAGCAAUUCAAUAUAAACUUAGCUUCCCUAUUUAAGUAGGAAAAAAGAUUUUUUUUUUUUUAAAAGGAAUAACUAACAGAUAUUCAUAUCACUCACUAACUCCAUAAAGAUAUAUGAAGUUGUUCCAAGAACAAUGAGAGAUGAGAACUCCAAGAAAAGCAAGCUUUCAUGGCCCAAGACAUUGGUCAAGAAGUGGUUCAAUAUCAAGUGCAAAACUGAUAACUUUCAAGCAGAUGAUGAUGUUGAUGAUGAUGUCCUUUAUCAAGGUAUUGAUGAAGAGAGGAAGAGCAACUAUUCAGAGAAGGAGGCAUGCACCAUCAAAAAAAGCAAAACAGAUAAACCAAGCAGAAGAUUCUCAGACAGAAUUCAUGGAGGUAAGAAUGACCUUGAUCAAGCUCAGAUUACAGAAGUGUAUAAUUAUAGAAUCUUUGUUGCCACUUGGAAUGUAGCAGGGAAGUCACCUCCAAGUUAUUUGAACCUUGAAGAUUGGCUUCACACCUCUCCACCCGCUGAUAUCUAUGUUCUUGGGUUUCAAGAAAUUGUACCUCUUAAUGCUGGUAACAUUUUGGGAACAGAAGACAAUGGCCCUGCAAGGAAAUGGCUUGCACUUAUUAGGAAGACCCUUAACAGUCUUCCAGGAACAAGUGGUGGAUGCCACACUCCAUCACCACUCUCUGAUCCUAUUAUAGAGAUUGAAGCUGAUUUUGAGGGAUCAAUGAGGCAGAAGACAACCUCUUUCCUCCAUAGAAGGUCUUUCCAAUCCUUGAGUCAUAGUAUGAAGAUGGAUAGUGACAUCUCACUGCCACAACCAAGCUUUGAUCGGCGUCUCAGCGUCUGUGAUAGAAUGAUAUAUGCUCACAGGCCUAGUGACUACCGAUGGGGUUCUUCAGAUGAUGAAAAUGGAGCUGGGGACUCCCCAGUUACGGCAUCAUAUUCGCCAGUGCAAUAUAGCGGUUGUUUCCCUAUGGAGGAUGUUGAGAAACAGACAGGGCAACCGAGAUAUUGUUUGGUUGCUAGUAAGCAAAUGGUGGGGAUAUUUCUAACAGUUUGGGUGAAAAGUGAUAUCAGAGAUUAUAUUCACAGCUUGAAGGUGUCUUCUGUUGGCAGAGGUUUGAUGGGAUAUCUUGGAAACAAGGGUUCAAUAUCAAUUAGCAUGUCUUUGCACCAAACAAGCUUUUGUUUCAUCUGUAGUCAUUUGACUUCAGGGCAAAAGGAUGGUGAUGAGCUAAGGAGAAACUUAGAUGUAAUGGAAAUUCUGAGAAAGACAAGGUUUCCCCUUGUCCAAGGCACCAGUGACCAUUAUUCACCUCAGACAAUUCUGGAACAUGACCGAAUAAUUUGGCUGGGGGAUUUAAAUUAUCGGGUAGCCCUUUCUUAUCGUGCGGCGAAAGCUCUUGUUGAGAUGCAUAACUGGAAGGACUUGUUAGAGAAUGACCAACUGCGAAUAGAGCAGAGGCAAGGUCGAGUAUUCGAAGGAUGGAACGAAGGGAAAAUAUACUUCCCUCCCACAUACAAGUAUUCAAACAACUCAGACAGGUAUGCAGGAGAUGGAAGACAUUCAAAACAAAAGAGAACUCCAGCAUGGUGUGAUAGAAUCUUAUGGCAUGGGAAAGGCCUUCACCAAUUAUCUUAUGUUCGUGGGGAAUCAAGAUUCUCUGAUCAUAGACCUGUGUAUAGCAUAUUCUCAGCAGAAGUUGAUCAAAGAAGCUCUAGUGCAGCUGUUACUAUCAUGUUUCCAUAGAAGAGUUCAUGGUUUUGCCAAGCACUCUUGAAUACCUGAGGCUCUCAAUCUGAAUUCUCAUUAACAAGAUAAUGAUUUGAAGAAUUGAAAUGUGUCUGGCAAACUUCAGAUCCAAAUAAUAUUGAUUUUAUUCAUUAACACAAAAAAAAAGUGUUCUAUUUUCUAAAGUGGUUAGUUAGUUAACCUUGUAAUGAAGAGUGACACAAUAAUUGUUUUAACGAUAUAGGAUAAAGAAGUGGAUAUUGCAAAGUGCAGUAGCUCAAUAAUCGAUUUUGAUCUACUUAGAGAUAUAAAGAGAUUCUGAGUUUCAUGAUAAUGACUCUCAUUAAAGUUGUCAAACAUAAGACAUGGACCAUCAAGGACUUCAAACAUUGCAUUUAUUAUCAUUUACUUACCGAGAUGUCUCACAUUUAUUAAGUUGUCAUAACCUAAGAUAUGGUCCCAUCAAGGUUGCAGCCUUACUGUAAUACCAUUUGUCUUCCUCUCUUUUAU